GUGUAGACAGCUAUCUGUGCUGCGGUGGAAGAGGGGCUGGGAGACACACAUCUAGAGAGAUGGCGCGGCACCCGACCGGAGCGCAAGGACAGCUGGUUGGCGGUGGGGGGGCUUGAAUCAUAAAGAGAAUUAGAAAAUUGAAAAAAUAAAAAACAAACAAAAACAACAAAAAGGAAUUCGGAAAAAGGAGUUUCCAUGCAAGACAGCGUCAGAGGAAGGAGGGAGAACUAAUAGGUGAAUAUCAGGACAGAGAGGAGGCAAUAAUAGCAAAGGAGGCUGCUGCAAGAAGAAAAAAGCAACAAAAGAAAUUUGAACUUUACUGGACGUGAGGACUUCUGGACACCAGCUAACUGCGGUAGGUCAGAUAGAUGGUUCGUCCACAGCGCUGCCCGGAUCAUGAACGCACAGCUGUCGAUGGAGAAUAUUGGCGACCUGCACGGAGUGAGCCAUGAGUCCGUGGCCGGUCACGGAGAGCUGCUGAGUGGCCACAGUCCACAUUCCCGUCCGAGCCCUCGGGGUCUGAGCCACCGCGCUAUGGGCAUGGCGACCCUGCUGGAAAGCGGAGACUAUCACCCCAGCCACCCCGGACACCUGCAUCCAGCCAUCAGCAUGUGUGAAGCCCCCCCUGGCAUGAGUGCGAGCAGCACUUACACCACCCUAACCCCCCUGCAGCCCUUACCCCCCAUCUCCACCGUGUCCGACAAGUUUCCUCCCCAUCAUCACCACCACCACCACCACCACCACCAUCCCCAUCAUCCUCACCCUCAUCCCCACCAGAGGAUCCCUGGAAAUGUCACCGGCAGUUUCACGUUGAUGCGAGAGGACCGGAGUCUAGCGCCUAUGAACAGUCUGUAUCCCGCAUAUCAUCACAAGGAUCCCUGCAUGGGCCAAAGCCUCUCCCCGUUGUCUGGUUCCGGUCUGGCCAGCAUACACACGACCCAGGCCGGCAUCCCUCCCUACGCUCAUCCUGGUGCCGCCAUGCCUGGUGAGAAGAUGCUCACCCCCAGCGGGUUUGAGGCUCACCACCCGGCCAUGCUCGGCAGACACACGGAGCAGCACAUGAGCUCCUCAGCGGGCAUGGUACAAAUCAACGGCCUCCAUCACCACCCGCACGCCCACCUUAGCUCGCAGGGGCACGGCCAGGGGCUGGGGAACAGCCGGGAGCAGGCCUCCGGGCCCGGGCAGCAAGGGGGCGGCGGUGGAGGGGGUGGUGUUUCUGGGGGCCAGAUGGAGGAGGUUAAUACCAAAGAGGUGGCGCAAAGAAUCACCACGGAGCUGAAGCGCUACAGCAUCCCUCAGGCCAUCUUUGCCCAGCGGGUCCUGUGCAGGUCCCAGGGGACCCUGUCCGACCUGCUGAGAAACCCCAAACCCUGGUCCAAGCUCAAGUCCGGUAGAGAGACCUUCCGCCGCAUGUGGAAAUGGCUGCAGGAGCCUGAGUUCCAACGCAUGAGUGCGCUCAGGCUCGCAGGUGAGCGAAGCCUCGCAUGUAAGCGUAAGGAACAGGACCACGGCAGAAGCGAGCGGGGGAACAUGACCAAGAAGCCCCGGCUGGUGUUCACAGAUGUGCAGCGUCGGACACUCCACGCCAUCUUCAAGGAGAACAAGCGUCCAUCCAAAGAGCUCCAGAUCACCAUCGCCCAGCAGCUGGGCCUCGAGCUGGCCACGGUCAGCAACUUCUUUAUGAACGCACGCCGCCGGAGCCUAGAUAAGUGGGUGGACGACGGCUCCGGUCACUCAGUCAACUCUGGCCCAAACGCCUGCACCAAAGCCUGAAGACGGACUGAUUUGACCAACUCAUGGACUGACUCAACCUCGGUGGAAAAGCUUUAAAACUUAGGAGAAACAAAGAGAAACUUAAAAAGACCUUGAAGCAACAUUUUGCCCUUAAACCUGUACUAUAUUGAUAUUUAUAGUAUCCAAAGAUGAAAAAACAAACCAAAGACUUCUUGUUUGACCUGCUUUGAAAUGUUUGUUUCAGCAACACGUUUAUGUGUAACAUACUGCAAAAAGACUAUAGUUUUACCCCCCUCUCACACACACACUCACUAUCACUGGUCUAUAGCUUUACUACACACCACAUCCCCCACCCAGUAUCAAUCUAUCAUUCGCCAUCCUUAUCUUUAAUCUGAUUGGUUGGUUUUAAUGAUGGGUCCUUAAAUGGAGGUUUAAUCAGCCUACUCGCAGUCUGAUCAGCAGCUGUCCACACCCUUGAAAAACAGCCCGAAUGUGGAGCUCCAGUGGGAUUGGCCAAUCAACUUUGAAGACAAAAAAAAAAUCCUACAGGGGCGACUGGAUUGUUGUGCAGCCUUGUUUGGAUCGGUGGACUGUCUGUCUGUCUAUCUGUCUGUCUGUCCUGCCGUCUGUCGUUCUAUCAAGCAUUCCAGACAGACAGGUAUAUGCCCAUGCGUGGACUGCUAACCCUAAACCAAACCAAAAAAGAACCCCUAACCUCAACCCACAUGGUAGUGCUUUCUUCCAACAUGCUGAAGCGUUGAAUAAUUGAAACAAGAAAAAACCAAAGCCUUCUACACCCUGAGGCCUCUCAUGCAGCUUAGAAACACAAACCACUUGCUAUGAAGUAAUUAGACCAAAGAGUAUGUUUUGUAGUUGAUCAUCUAUUUUUUUACCUCAUUUGCUCCCUUACCUCCUGAGACAGACUGUUAAAGAAGAGCAUGUUACUGCUUAUGGUUCAUACAACAUUUUGAGUCAUACUUAAAUUUAUGCUCCCUGCAAACGGAAAGAUUAUAUAUAGGGCACAACCCUGAAAAUUAGCUAGUGACAUUUGCCUUAUAGAUGCCUUCUUGAAUCAAACUAAAUAUUCCAGUGAGAUCUCCCCAAACAAUCCACUGAAUGUUCCUUUAAAUGCUUAAUGUGAAGAUUCAUUAUUAUAGAGACAUCCUUUCAGUCUGCAGAUUCAGCGCAAGUUGAUGUGAGCAGCUGGCAAACAAAGACUAAAUCAUUCAUAGUGUUUCUUCUGCAAAGGUGAAAACAGAAGAUGCUGGUUCUGAUGCUCUAUGUGUUCUUGACACUGUGAGGGAGACAGACGGCCUCUGAUGUUUUUGUUUUUUUUAGGACAAACUGUGUCACCCCUCUAAUAAUAAGCUCUCAGCAUCACUCCAUUGGCCCCGUGUGCUUCAUACGUAUUUGAUUGUAUCUCCUCAUCAAAUCUUGGGUGGAGGGGAUGAUAUCAAUGAUCGAAUCACUUUCAGGCGCUUACACAGCAAUGUCAGCUUGUCACCCGAAUACGAAAGCACCCCACCCUGCCAGUUGCCAAUCCCCACCCCUUACCACCCCACCCCCACCCAUCCUUCUUCCGCUCUCCUGGUAAGCCAUGCAUUUCAGCACUAGGAGGAAAGCACUACACAGGGCUGGCGCAGGGCAGCAUAUCAUUAAAUAUAUUGAGCUGGACCCUUGCCGUCAUCCUCCUCAUGGCCAGGGUUAGCAGCUCUACAUUCAUCAGUACAAGCGCUGAAGGAGAGGCGAGAGAGAGCUGCUUCUUCAUCUCUGAAAGAAAAAACCAAAAAGACGACAAGAAACACAAAUGUGUCGAGACCUGCUGAUGUUUUAUAGUGUGAACCAAAGAUGCUACCUCACUCAAGUUCCAUACGUGAUUUCUAUCACUUUGAUGAUACCAAAGAUAACCAAAGAUUUUUUCUCAUUGCACGGCCUCUAUGAGUGGUGUUAAAAGAUGCUGUAUGUCUCCCCCUCCCCCAUCUCCUAUCUCACUCUUUCUCUUCCACUCAUCUCUCCUUUCUCCCCCUCCCACCUGCACUCAGCCCAUGCACCCCUGCUAUGCGUGCUCUUGCUUCAUCUGUGCUCUGAUUACAGCUCCAUAAUAGUCAUGCUGAUGUAGCUAUAGGCAGAUUUGCUGAUCUAGCCAUAGAUACACACAAGCGGCCACGCGGGUGCCUGCGGGGUACAACGCCCUCGCUAGCAAUAUGAUCAGUCUGUCUCCGUGCUUGUUAGCAGUACCAAAGGAUUCAUUUCUACCACUUUAUUGGCAGAUAAAAUGGAUUAAAAAGAAAAAGCUGACAUUGCGGCAAUAUGUAUAAAAAAAGAUUUAGUUGAUUAAAAAAUAAUCUAUGUAAAUUUGAUGGCGUACCCCGGCGGAGUGUCUUUUUUUACAGCAUUAUUUCUACUUGGCCCUGCCUCUUAGUGUGUACCUAUAGGUUGAUAAUAUUGAUCCACCAAAUAGGUCAGACAUCUUUAAAUGACAAUAGGCAGACAAGCUGACAUAGCCUUGGGCAGAAUUGUUGACUCAACUAUAGGCAGAUAUGUUCCUGAAAGUAGAAGCAGACGUGUUGCAAUCUUUCUAAAAACUCCCAGGACGAGUGCCUUGCUUGAACCAAAGUGUUAAACCGCUGUUGACCUCUCACCUUUGACUCUGUGAAUACCUCAGCCUGUAGAAGGGCCACAACUGAAGAAACAAGGAAAAGGGUUUUUUUUGUUGUUUUUUAAAAUCACACCGUGGUGCUUUCGCCAGCGCAACCAUGCAAUGAAAACAUACCAAAGGAAUUUAUGUUGUCCACUUCUACAGAUUAAACCAAAGGUCUUUGUUUCUCCUCUCCCCUGCCCCCUUUCACCCCUCCAUCCCUCCUUUCCCCAACCUUCCAUGUCUCUCUACUGUGGGUAGGAAGGUCCAGCACUCUGGCCGUGCAUGUCUUUACUAAUGUCUCUGAAUACCUCAUAGUAAUAAUUCCUUUGAGUUCUGCAUUGAGACGUCUAUCUGUGAGUAAGGCAGAACUCCACUCGCGUGGUAACUGUUAUUGUUACUUCAAAAAGCUGUAUGAUUAUCUAUUUUAAAGUUGUUGUUUUUUUGGAAGAAGUGCUCUGUUUCAAGUCACAAAAGGACAAGUUUCAGGGUUGAUGUAUGAAACUUAAGAGAUGGAGGGAGAAGCGUAUUUUUUAUCAGACAUUGGGUUAUGCCAAUAUUAUGAUGGUAGACUAUUGCUUUUACAGGGUAAAACCAACUGCUGUGAUAUUGUGUUCAUAUUUUCCCUUUUCUCUACUGCUGUGUUGUGACUUUAAUUUAAUUUGCAUUUUUGUAAUGGUUAACCACUGCUUUAAUUUAUGCAUUUGUAGAAACUCUAGAUUUGUAUAUAGUAGGUUUUUGAAAAAAAACAAACAAAAAAGACAGUUUUAUGUUACAGCCUUAUUUCCCACGCUUAGAUAUAAACAAAGGAGUAGUUUGUAUUCUUCUUCAGCUAAAUCCUAGCCGGCAUUUCAAUGUGUGUUUUAAACACUGCCAGAAACCCAGACAGUUGAUUUGCCAACACAGACAAAGUUAUACAGGAGCUACUUUGUUGAACAACUGGCAAAAAGCAGUGUGUAUGUGUGUGUGUGUUUUUUCUAUUCUUUUGACUUUUUAAAACAGUUAUUUUAUGGGUAUUACUGCACAUCCAAAGAUUUUUAAAACAAACCAAAAAAUUGGAAAAAAAAUAUGUAUAACGUUGAAAAGCACUGGCAUUUGUGAGGUAGACUUGUUGAGUUUUGAUUUGCCAUUCGCACGGGUAUAGAAUGUAGAAGGCGUAGGGCUCUGUAGACAAGCUUACUCUACCAUGUGGGGAAUCUCCUGUUCAAUGUACAAUCUGAAGCAUUUGAAACAAGGACUGCAAGUCCUGCUCACUUUGCUGUCUCAUGCACAGAGUGAGGUGGAGUAUAGGCUGGGCAGCCGGUCUGCCAGGGGCUGUGCCACGGAGCUGGGUCUGUUUUUAAUUGCCGUGGCACUGCCGCCUCGCUCCAUCUAGUAUCUGUUCUUUUGGUACGUACUCGUGUAAUGACUAUGAGCAAAGUCUAAUAAAACUGCAAAGAACCUUACCAGUGUGUAAGUGUGUGUGGAGACAGUCACCUGGAUUGCUCAUUCCUUUUUCUGUGUGGUUAAGUGCAAGUGUGUGUAUGUGUGUGUGUAACUCAAAUGUCAAGUACUGCUGAGGUAUGCCAGUUCGUGUGUGUGUGUGUGUGUGUGUGUGCUCGUUUACGUAUAUUUCUUUACUGUGUGUUCAUCCAUCCAUAAAAUCUGUAUGUACUGCUGGUGUGCCUGCAUGUGUGUGCGGCUGAUUGGUGCAUGUCACAACAGUAAGUUUAAGACUCCCUCUGGCUGUCAGAGCCCUUACUGUUAGUACUGCUUCACCUCUGUCAUGCACAUGGCACAGUAUCUCCAAGGACUGAAGGUCAUCACUAAAAUGUCCAUGACAGAUCACAUCAGCAUGUUAUGCAGUCUUUGUGUCACAGAAUGGAGAAUGUAAAUGUUUUCACGUUUUCUAUUAUUUAUUUUGUCAGUAAGGAGUUCCCAUGUGAUGGGUAGCUUGGCUACAAGUCUCAUAACAAUACUGCAUCGCCUAAGACAAUCACCUGGAUCUCUUACGCUGGGGAAUGAGUUUCUUACCCGGACAGGGGUGUCCUCCAGCUAUUCAUAUACAAAGAUGCUUGAAGGGUUUUGAUAAACAAGCAUAUUUGUUGUCAUGGACAUUUAGGAAUACAUUACAGUAGUAGUUCAUCUUGCACUUCAAAAUGAAAUCUCAUUGCUCUCGCUCGUCCGCCUUGUGCUUUUGUUAAACUUGAUCUUUUUCUUUUGACUUCCUCUUCAACUCACAAUGCUUCUUCAGUUUUUGUGUGUGUGUGUGUGUGUGUGUGUGUGUGUGUGUGUGUGUGUGUGUGUGUGUGAGCCCGAGUAUGCCUGAGAGGCACCACUGUUGGUGUUACUCUCAGAUGUAUUACUCCAUGUCUCAUGACUUGAUUUGUCAUUGCUGUUUCCCAGGCUUUGCUACUGCUUUCUCAGUGCCGUGCAAUAUCAUCUGUUGUGAUUGCUAAGCAAAUUUUAAAAAGAAGGAAAGAAAAUUGAGAAGCAAGUGAUGAUGUCAUCCAGCUUUUUUCAGUGUUCAAAUGUUUCAACAUUUCUGUAGUCGCAAAAGUAGAAAAUAAACGGUUGGUAUUUCCAACUUCUGAA